UUAAACGAAAACUCGCGUUUCUCGUCUCAGAACGUUCGGUACCGUGGUGAGUGAACAUACAUAUGGAAUAAAGUGCUGGCAGUUUUGGAAAUUCAUACAAAAAUCGCAGCAGCAAAAGAACUUUGCGAUUAACCUCAAGAUGCGCAUAUUCGCCAUUUGUACGCUUCUUUUUGCUCUGAGCGCCUAUUACUGUAGCGCUGUUGCGCCACCGGAAACCGCCAAGUCGUCGUCGCCGCAGUCUGUACCGAGUCUCGAUGACCUGUACGCCUUGCUACCGCGCGAUUUGGGCGAUGAGCCACCCACCGUGGUGGUAGCGCUUCUGGUACGCAACAAGGCACACAUCCUACCAUUGUUCCUCACAUAUUUGGAGCGCCUCAGCUACCCAAAACAGCAAAUGGCGCUGUGGAUACGUUCUGAUCAUAAUAACGACGCAAGUACGGAACUACUGCAGCUGUGGCUUAAUCACACCGCUGACUCGUAUCACAGUGUCGAUUUCGAGCAUGACGAUAGUGUGCAACGUCAUCAAAAUGAAAGUACACCGAACGAUUGGCCUGCUGAACGCUUUCAUCAUCUCAUACACUUGAAAGAAUUAGCGCUGACAUAUGCAAAGCAGAUUUGGGCAGACUACAUAUUUUUCCUGGAUGCUGAUAUAUUACUCACGCACGCAGACUCGUUGACUCAUUUGACUAGUCUACGUCUGCCGAUUGUAGCACCCAUGCUACUCUCUGAAGGUCUUUAUUCCAAUUUUUGGUGUGGCAUGACAUCCGAUUAUUAUUACCAACGCACCGACGAAUAUAAGGAAAUCUACAAUGUGAACAAGGAAGGCGUUUUCCCUGUGCCAAUGGUUCAUAGCGCUGUACUGAUAAGAAUGAACUAUCAGGGCGCGCGUUAUCUGACAUUCGAUCGCGAACGUCUCAUAGAACAGCAACAAAAUGAGGUCGAUUGGGCUGAGCGCGAAGGAGUGACACCGUGUCGGCCAUACGAUGGGCCUAUGGAUGAUAUUAUUGUCUUUGCAACAUCGGCCAAUUGUUCACGUAUUCCAUUGUUCGUAAGCAAUAAGCUGCCGCAUGGCUAUCUAAUGCAGCCACUGGAAGUUAUCGAUGGCCUGGAUGUAGAUUUGCAGCAGCUGGUGAACAUACGUGCAAAUAUUGUGCAUGAUCAAGACGAAGUAGCGCAAGUGCCCGAUUACUUUAAGGACUAUAUCAGUUAUCCAAAUAAAACCAAACUUACGUUGGACCACAUUUAUAUGAUUAAUCUAGAGCGACGUCCAGAACGACGCGCAAAAAUGGAAAACCUUUUCCGUGAAAUAGGUCUCGAUGUUGAAUAUUUUCCCGCCGUCGAUGGAAAGAAUUUGACCACUGAGCUAUUACAAGACAUGGGUAUUAAGUUCUUACCCGGCUAUGAAGAUCCCUACCACCACCGGCAAAUGACUAUGGGCGAAAUAGGUUGCUUUCUGAGUCACUAUCGUAUUUGGGAAAAGGUAGUUGAGCGUGAACAAAAUGAAGUACUAGUACUAGAGGAUGACGUGCGUUUCCAGCCUUACUUCAAGGAUAGCGCCAUACGAGUGCUCUCGCAAAUACGCAACGUGGUUGAAUAUGAUUUGCUUUACUUUGGACGCAAGCGGUUGAAGGAGGAAAAGGAGCCAUGGGUACAAGGUGCAGAAAACGUUGUACAUGCUGGCUAUUCCUACUGGACACUGGGCUACGUUAUAACACUACAAGGUGCUCGCAAAUUACUUGCCGCUAAACCGUUAGAAAACCUACUACCUGUAGAUGAGUUCCUGCCCAUUAUGUUCAACCGUCAUCCGAAUAAAACUUGGAGCUCUAAUUUUCCCAAACGCGAUUUGCUCGCUUUCAGUGCUGCUCCUUUAAUACUUUUCCCCACGCAUUAUACCGGUGAAACUGGAUAUAUUUCCGACACAGAAGACUCUGAGGUGACCCCAGAAACAUUGAACACUGAUUCUAAUGUACAAUUGAAGAGCGAUCGUGAAUUAGAAUUUCCGCCAGCACUUGAAACGGAGGCAGCUCCAAAACCAUUCGAAGAUGAAUUAAUUGUGGAUAUAGAUGGUGGCGAUGGUCGUUCAUUCAGUCAAGAUCUGCAUUUGUCCAAGAGCCAUGAAGAGUUUUGAGUGUAAAAUCGUUUAAGCGUUGCUCCCAUACAAAAUAAGUUUCUUUUCUAUUAUUACUGCCACUUUGAUUGCCAUUUCUUUGUAGGAAAUGUGUAUGAAUCUAUGUAUAUGCUUGCAUACGUAUAUAACAGUAUUUGCGUAUGAAAACAUAUUCUUUUGAUGUGCCUUACUAGUUAUAAAAGUAAUGAAACUGUUAUCCUUAUAGAUGUAGUUGAAAUAUUCCAUUUAUACUCUUAGAUGUUAACUAACUCGAAUUUUUAUAUUAAUUUGCGUCACAAAAAUACUCCAUAUACAUAUGUAUUUUUAAAUCUGUUCAUACUAAUGAGCAACCGAAAAACUAAACUGAAAGAUUUACUCGAAAGAUAACCUAUUAAGCUUGCGAUCAAAUUUGCUGUUGAAAGAAAUACUAAGUAAAAUCUGAAAAAAGUCGCAAAAAAUGUUGCAGUUAUAAAUAUGUAUAAUUUUGCAUAUAAAGCAGGAAAAAUUGUUUAACAAUUCGAAAACGGGUUAAUAGCGAUUAUGUUGCGCCUGUGUCGUAUGGUUUCAAAACGAGUUUUUCAACUGACUUGCUAAGAAUAAAUGCGCAUGUUUUUGUUGGUAAGAAUGUGUUCAAAUUUAUUCAGUCAUUAAAAACUAAUAUUUUUGUACAAUAAGAUUCGAUGUAAUGCAUUAAUUAACUAAAAAAUAAUUUAAAAUUGUUUCCUUAUAAAAAUUAUAGUUAAUGUAUAAAUGCCAAUCAUUUUCUGUUCAAUCGCCAAAGUCAUUUUAUACCAAAAAGUGUAUGCACAAAUAUCUAAUAAUAAUAAUAAAAUAAAUACAUACAGAUAAAGACA